AGUUAUGCCUGUUUAGUUUUAAAUACUCAGGAAUAAACAUCAUAUAAUACUGAUCAAAACCAUUCGCAUAAGCGAUUUGUUAAAGAUGGCGUUUAUUAAAGUCACACAGAUGAUUGAAAAAGAGAGGCAAACAGUCGCUCCCCGGGACUUCUGGAGGUGUGCACGUGAAAAACAAAAUAAGGACAAGUUCGACGAUUCUCUUGUUUUUGACAAUUGUUUAACUGAAAAUGUAUUAAGUAUCUCUUCUAGUGACCAAGUCAGCAAUACGUGGAACAAGAGUACUGAAUUAGAUAAAGCACUCAAACAUGAUGAUAAUUUGAUGAAAGACUUGGAAGAAGACUCCGACAAUAUUGUCAGUGAGAACAUCUCUCGUGACGAUUUUGACGCGACAGAUUAUUUUGACAGCGAGGACGAAUACUGGGAUAGUCUCAGAAACAAAGACAUCAAAGAAGACUUAUGUUCACAUUUUCGCUUCUAUCAUCUACCGCACAGCGUCAAGGAUAUCGUCUCAAAUGCAUGUCAUAGUUUGGAAGCGUAUGAUAGGUCUCCAGAUUUUACACCAGCUGUUCAAAAGUUUGCGGAAGAAAACAGUUUUGAGAUACACGACGUGUAUGGAGAUAAUAACUGUCUGUUUCGUGCAGUGGCAGACCAGUUCAUGAUUAAUGGCUGUCCUGGACACACAGAAGUGUCGUUACGCGAUACAGCUAUUGACCGCUUGAGAUUAGAUCCUUCAAAAUAUGAUGUAAUUGAAUCAACAUUUCUGCCAGGAGAGCCAUGGGAGGAAUAUAUAAAAAAAAUGGAUCAAACCAAAGAAUGGGGCGUUAAAACGAUUUUACAGGCACUGGCGGACGUCUUCCUUCUGCAGAUCAAUAUUUUCAAUUUCGUUCACAGUGAUAUCAGACCCUCCAAGAUUACUAUAAAAUCAACUGAGAAUGUUGUUCCAAAGCCUUUCCAUAUUUUCCUUGGACUCGUUGGGGACUUUCAUACGUUUAGCUUGCGUCCUUUGCAAUGGAUGUCAGAAUUGCCUUACAAAGCUCAAAUCUUUCGACUGUUGGUGACAUGUACGGACAAAAAUCUGGAUGAAAGAAGAAACAUUGUAGACAGAAAGUUGGCGCUAUUAUCCCAAGGACAUAUUCCUGAAUCUCAAUUAGCGAAACAUGUUCAGUUUGUCUUGCAUUGUAUUUCUCUUGAAGAUAAAAGGAAACAAGGGCAACCUUUUGAGAAAUCUCAUUUUGAAUUGAUAUUCAAGUCAUACAGUGGAGGUGAUUUGGAGCCAGAAGAAUCAUUCGAAAUUCGAAAUAGAUUGGUGAGCAAUCAUUCACAGUUUGACCCUUUGUCAGGAAUACCCUUACCGUACUUGAGUUUUGUCAUUAAACUUAUUUUUCCAUUCAAGCAUUUUGAAGGUCACUAUUGCAAACACCACCUGCUGGAAAGUGGAGAAGUAAUUUUUCACUAUCUUGGUUCUUGUGCGGACCAAAGUUCUUUCACUCUGCGAGACAUCAGUCGAACUAAAAGGAUGUCUAAAUUGCAAUUUAGUAGGAAGAGAUCUAAACCCAGGAACAGGGUUGUUGUAAUUAAACGAGACAAAAGGGCGACAUAUGGCAAAGACUCAAUCAGAGAAUGUCCCGAUCAUGCCCAUGUUAUUAUUGAUUCAACAGAUUCACACCCUGGAUACUGCAAACUUAGGCUAUCGCCAUCGUUUUCAAGUGAUACUGAGGUUAACGUUUUUCAAACUGGUGCAAACAGAUAUCUCAAGGCUUUUAGAAUUACUGACAGAUUACGCACACAAUUAGAAGCGGUACACUUAGGAAAAGUUGAAUGUAUUGGAGUGCCUUGUUACACAUUUCCAUUUUUUCAACGUUGGGUAGAAAGUAAGAAAGAUCAUUUCCCUUCGAGGGAAGUUAUAACCUUAAUAGUUAGAGAAGGCUGCACAUUGAUUCCUAAAGCCCAUCCAAAGAGCAAAUGUCAGGAUAUUGAAUGGCAAUUCAAUUUCUCAAUGGGAGAACACUUAUUAUUUAAGAGUCUUACAGUUGCCCAAAAGCACGGAUUUUUUGUUCUAAAGGUAUUAUUAGACAACAUGGUACACCAUGUGCCGUUCAAAACUAAGCAUUUGAAGUCAGUGUUCCUUAUGGCAUGUGAAAAACUGCCUUCAGGAGCAUGGGAGACAAACAUCAGCGGAUGUGUACUUUAUGUGCUGGACUUAUUGCUUUCAUGCUUAAAGGCUAAAUUUCUGCCAAACUAUUUUAUACCAGAAAACAAUCUUAUUGACUGUCACAGAGAUGAAGACAUUAACACACUCUGUGUUGUUGUCGAAUACAUUCGUCUUUUCCCCGCUAGUGUCAUUCAAUUUGUAGCCGAGAAACAUGGAUACACAUUUGGACCAAAUCUGAUCAAAAAUGCUUUGUCAAAGAUACAAUAUUUCACUGACAGACAUAUGCAAAGAGCAUUUAAUGAAAUGUUUGGACCUCUUACAAUUGCUACAGCAAAGAUAAUGGCCAAAAUUGGUCUUUACGACAUUUCGUUCGAUAUUCUAGAGGAACUGUUUGAGCAGAGUCUGUUGAUUCCACAGACAGGGUUGAGACAAACAUCUUUAAGCUUCUUCGAUCUUUUUAUAUCGGCCCUGAUGGAAAUGAAACAAAAGGCAUCUCGAGUCAUUUUAGCACAAACAUUUGAUAUGAAAAUGGGAUCAAAUUUAUCAGAAAUGGUUUUGGAAAAAGAAAGGGGAUCGCUUCAAACUUACUUGCCAUGGAUAAUCGACAAAAGAAUAGGUUGGGUCGAAGUUUCAAAUGAAAGCAACUCAGACCUCUCAACAAUAGCAAAUUUCCUAUAUGAGUUUAGUAAAAGGGAAUAUGGGAGACAAAAUUCCGUGCUUGCCGAGCUUUCCAUCACAACGGCAAUCCAGUGUAUCCAAGAAGUACUGAAAGAAGAUAAUGUUGAAGGGGAAAACACUAAAAAUAUUGGUUUGGAAACAGAUGUUGAAGCACGAAAACAAAUGUUAAAGAGAAAACUUAUUUCGUUUUACAUGCAUGUGUAUCGAAUUUCAGAGUUGGAUCAUUUACAGCAUCCCUUAAUCGAGCACAUGGACGAAAUUGAAAAACUUUGCAGAGAAUUUCCGGAAAUGACUGGGGAAGUCUGUUCCAUGUUUUCGUUUUUGGGACAAAAAGCAAAAAGACAGGAAUAUGCUCAAAAGUUUUAUCAUCUGUAUGGAACAGAUAUAACGUUUAUCAACAUGGAGACGUAGCUUUGAACUUCAGGAAGGCAGCAAGAUGACGGGGUUCACUGUGUUUAUAUCAAUAAAACUGCGUUGUUGCAAAAGAUUCUUAAAAGACUCUUAAUAGUUUAAGUACAAUAGCAUUUUAAAAAAAUUAUUUAAAUGUUCAUAACCGUGAGCCUUUCAAAUCAAAAAGAUAAUUUAUUUUUUGAAUUUAUGAAUUUUUAACCGUUUUAAAAAUAUAACAACAUUAAGGUUGAUUAUGGAAAACUUUGAGAUAAUAGUGUGGAAUACAUCAAAAUAUAUUCAUCCUAAGGUUUACAAAAUUUUCAAACCUUAAAAUUUGUCGACCAUAAAUAACAUUUAUAAUACUUUCUCAGAAAAGUAAAAAAAAAUAAUGUUAAAGCCCCAGUUAGUUGUAAAUCAUGAAAGAUUAGUAUUUGACCCUUUUAAAUUUUUAAGUUCAUUCUUGAUUUCGGCCGAAAGGACAUGUAUGUCACAUUAUGAAGGUGUCACGUAUCUCUUAUGUUAUAGUUAUUACAUGUACAUCAAAUUUGUUUAAAUAUUGCCGCUGUGAUUUAAUUGAAUGCACAAUUUAAACAAGGA